UUCCCCCAACUGGCCUCUGGACCAUGGGCACCACUUGUGCCUAAGGAGACUGGGUCAGGCCCCGGGAGGCAAGUCCCUGCAGGAGCCUGGCGCUGGGCUCGAUCCUACGACUCCCUCCCCUGGAGUCUGAGCCCACGUGGCUCUGGCCGCAGAGGAUUCCAGCCAUUUGCUGCCCCCUAGCGUUGGACAGGGGCCUAGCUCCUGCCUCGGGAAGCGCUGAGCGUCAACUCGGUGCCGCUGCAGCAAGGGGUAGCGGAAUAUAUUUAGCCGUGUGGUUGCCUCUGUCUUUAAAAAUGCCCCGCAGUGGCUCCUUCCCCCAACGCUUGCCCUGCAGAGAAGGAGCUUUUUGCAUCCUCCUGGCGUGGAGCUGGAAUGGAUCCUCGUGGAUGCCAGGCUCUGGGAUCCCUUUUCGUUCCAAAGUAACAACUCCCUCCUCUUCCUCCUGCUCCUCCAGCAUCCCGCCCGCCCCGAUCCGCAGGGGAAUGCAACAGAAGCGUUAGGAGGAGUUUGGAGAACUGAGGUUGCACCACCCCGGGAAGCGAGGCACAGAUCUCUCUCUCUCUCUCUCUCUCUCUCUCAGCCGUGCCACCCACUGAAUGCAAAGUUUGAGCAUCCGAGGAGCUGGUACUUUCCGCCCCUCCCUCUGCCUUAGAGCUGGAUUUUCCUUUCUGCAUCCUGGACUGGGAAGGGAGGGGAGGAUGGACGUGAAAUUUGCAAGCGGUCUCUUGUUGCAUCCGUCCGGCCAACUCCUGCAUCCUCAGCCGAGGCAUCUUCUUGGAUGAAGGCGAGCAAAGGGUACCCCAUGCUCUUCCUUUCCAUUUGCUCCCCCCAUCGCUUCCCGGGAGACUUGCCCUUGUGGGGUGGGCUGGAAGCGGGGGGUGGCUGAAACACAACCUCCUGGCUGGGGACUUGACUGGGGCUGAGUGGAGGAGGAAGAAACUCUUUGCAGUGCAAGAGAAGGCGGGGGGGGGGCAUGCCCGGCGUCCCUUCCACAGUGGAGCCAUCCUCCAUGGAGCCCGGACCCUUUUAAAAUGACUUUCCCUGAUCUGAUCAAUGCCAGCUCGAAUGGGAACCGGACGGGACAAGGCAGCGCUAACCGGUCCUGGAGGGAGUGGGGGCUGCCGGGGGAGGACGCGGAGACCAAUGGCACCUCCCUGCCUUUGGCCCUGGAUCUCCAGGCGGUGGGCGUGGGGGUCUUCCUGGCCCUCUUCAUCCUGUCGGCCAUCGUGGGCAACAUCCUGGUCAUCCUCUCGGUGGCCUGCAACCGGCACCUGCAGACGGUCACCAACUACUUCAUCGUCAACCUGGCCAUCGCGGACCUGCUGCUCAGCACCACCGUGCUGCCCUUCUCGGCCACCCUGGAGGUGCUGGGCUCGUGGGCUUUCGGGCGCAUCUUCUGCGACAUCUGGGCGGCGGUGGAUGUCCUGUGCUGCUCCGCCUCCAUCAUGAGCCUGUGCAUCAUCUCGGUGGACAGGUACAUCGGGGUCAAGUACUCCCUCAAGUACCCCACCAUCAUGACCGAGAGGAAGGCGGUGGUCAUCCUGGGGGUGGUCUGGUUCUCCUCGAUGGUCAUCUCCAUCGGGCCCCUGCUGGGAUGGAAGGAGCCGCCUCCCCCGGACGAGAGCAUCUGCAGCAUCACCGAGGAGCCGGGUUAUGCCCUCUUCUCCUCCCUCUUGUCCUUCUACCUGCCCCUUAUGGUCAUCCUGGUGAUGUACUUCAGGAUCUACGUGGUGGCCCGGCGGACCACCAAGAGCCUGGAGGCGGGGGUCAAGAAGGAGCGGGGCAAGUCCAUGGAAGUGGUGCUCCGGAUCCACUGCCGCAGCGUGGUGGGGGACUCGCUCUCCAGCGCCAGGAGCAAAGGGCACAACUUCAGGAGCUCGCUUUCCCUGCGCCUCCUGAAGUUUUCCCGGGAGAAGAAAGCGGCCAAGACCCUGGCCAUCGUCGUGGGGGUUUUCAUCCUCUGCUGGUUCCCUUUCUUCUUCGUCCUGCCUCUCGGUAAGUGA